UAUUUGUCACCAAUAUACACUUCCACUUGGCCAAUCCACACACCAUACACCAAUCUUAAGGCUCAAAUCAUAUUCCAACUCACACAAUUACACUCUGAUUAUGAAACUGAAGAGUAUGGUUGAAGAUAAAGCAAACUCCACCACAAAUUAAACCUCAUUCCUCUCCUGCCUACAAAACCCUACAAUUCAUUUCUUUAUUAAGUUCAAUUUUUCAUCAUCUUCUCCAACACAAAAAUAUUCGAAAUAUGGGAUGCACCUCCUCAAAGGCAGUUGACGCCACCGCAAUACAAGUGUACCGACCACCGCCCUCAAGCUUUGCUGUUUUUGAUAUCAACUCAAUUCAAGAACCAUGGCUCGCUUUCGAUAUUUCUGCUCAAGAAAACCAAGAAAAACCUAACCAUGUUCCUGCUCCACUUCUUGAAAAGCUCAACAAGUUGGAAUCCGACACUCCUCAUUCUUGGGACGAGGUUAGCAAAGUCCUGGAAGAUCUUAAACCAACACUCCACAACAAAAAUAACCUUCUUGCCCUACCAGCACCGCCACUAAAGGCGGACGCCAUAAAACCGCCGGCGAAAGAUAGCUCCGCUGAAAAGAAACAAACCCUAAAGAAGAACGCGUCUUUUCAUACACUUGAAGAACUCGACACCAAACUAUCUUCAAAAGAACCAGAACCCAAGAACCACUUCAGAAAAACAACUGAGUCAUCAUCACCAGUUGUUGUCGAGCCACAAACCAACUCAGGAAAAGUCAUCAAGCCGUUGAAAGACAACAUAUUCAUAUUAAGAGACAAGCAAGAAAAAGAAAAAGAAGGCAAAUUAGCGAACUACGACAAAAUCAGAAGAUUCGACCCGUUAAGUGACUACCCAGAGAAGAUUCCACCGAAUGGAGGAGCUGACUCAGUGGUAAUCUACACGACAACGUUGGGUGGCGUACGCAAAACGUUCGACGAUUGCAACCGUGUAAGGUCAUUGUUGGAGGGACACACAGUGCUGUUUGACGAAAGGGAUGUGGCGUUGCAUGGUGGUUUCCUGAACGAGUUGCGAGAGUUGCUGGGUGAAGAAGUGAGUUUGCCUAGGGUUUUUGUGAAAGGAAGAUACAUAGGUGGAGUUGAUCAUGUGGUUGAGUUGAACGAGUUGGGUAAACUCGGUCGGAUAUUGAAUUGGGCACGUGUGGAAAGAGGGAUAGGAAGACAAGCGUGUGAAGGGUGUGGUGGAGCGAGGUUUGUGCCAUGUUUGGAUUGUGGUGGGAGUUGUAAGGUUGUAGUGGAUGGAGUUAAGGAGAGGUGUGGUAAGUGUAAUGAAAAUGGAUUGGCCCUUUGUCCUCUUUGCCUUUGAAAUAUAAUUUUUGUGGUGUUUUUUUUCAUAUUUAUAAAUAUAUUUAAAUUAAUUAUUGAUUUUUGCCAUUUUAUGGCUACAAGUGGAUGAUGUGAUUGGUGGUGGUGGUGGUGGUGGUGUGGAGGAGCUUCUAAGUUUGUAAAUUAUUUAUAUUUCAUGUAAUGCUUUUGAAUUUUGAUAUACUAAAGACCAUAAUAUUAGAUUUAAGAUAAAUUGUAAAUUUGGCUGUAAGCCUAUAAUGAUAUAAUGCUUGUAUGCUA